UGCGCUGGCCUGCUGGCGGGCCGCUUUCGCUCCUGCUGGGGGAGGGGUGGGCAGCAAGCCCCGCGCUUCUCCCGCCUUUCGCGGGAGGCGGGAACUCUUGGUCUUUUGGGAGGAGGGGAGCCGGAGGAGGGAAGUGCGAAGGCCCUGCCCCGAGGGCGAUGCCGUGUCGCGGCUGUAGCGCUUCUGAGGGAGAGCUGGGGGCGGCCAAGCCGUAUCCUAAGAAGGGUGAACUGCGAUCCCCCUUCCUGCUAGCGCUCGAGGACUGGAGGCGGCACCGGUUCCUUCCUGGGCUGGAGGGCGGGCAGUUGGCACUGCAGGGUGGGCCCCGGAGAGGAAGUGAUUGAGUUGCCUACCUGCUGCCCCAACCUGACCUCCAGUUUCCUGUGGAUUUGUUAGAGGCUUCAAGCUUUAGCAAACCUGUCUAAAUCAUUUCAAAGACAUUUUUCUUUUUAAAAAGAAACCUGUUGCUGCAGCUGGGAAGUAUUUGGUCUCUAUGCCCAUGUGGGAGGAAAGUCCUGGCACCCUCAUCUAAGCGAAACGUUACCUCAAGCAGAGAUUUCCAGCCCUGGGUCGUUUUUCUGUCCUGUAGUGUUUACAGCAAAGGGCGUUGCACAAUUCUUACAGAUAAUUUCAGUUCAGUUUGAUUUUGAUUAAACUUUAUGGCCGUUUUAUGGAGUGAUAAAGCCUACUGAGUGCCUUUAGUGCUGUAUGUCUCACAUGUAUUGCAUGUAGGAAAGGUUGGAAAUCAAACGUCAUUGGGGAAGUCCGGUCUCUUGGAAAUAAUCCUUUCCCUUGGCCAUACCUGUCAGAUACAGCUUGGUAAUGGUCUUGGUUUUAGAGCCUUGAAAGAGGGAUGUGGGGUUGUGUCUGGUGUUGCAGUUUUCGUGGCCUGAAUAAAAUAAGGCUUUGUGCUUUAAGGCAGUAGGUUUUCUUAGGUACGAUAAAAAUAGAAAGGGAGCCAAUUUCUGAAGUUGCAACCAGGAGGUUAGAGAACAGAGGGAGGGGGUGGUAAACUGAAGUGUGAAGAGGGGGGUGGACAGGUGAGAGAGACAUGGAAGGACAGAAUAGGGUCACAGAAGGGAUGGGGAGCAGAGAAUUAAGAGAUAGACUUGGGAGAUGGGGAAAAUAUUUUUCCUUUAAAAAUAAGGAGAUCCUCAUAUUUCAGAUCACUACAAAGCAAGUGCCAAGAAAGGCAGGUGAUGGUGGAAUGGCAGACAGGGAAGUACUAAGGCUGUCUUGUGGAACUUCACUUUAGAACUUCGGUUUUAUCUGAGAUUUUUUUUCCUCCCUUGCAGAGAUUUAUUAAAUAUCAACUUUCAUUAGUAUAAGGAUUUCAGGUUUAGAAUACUUUCAUAAACAUCCCCUCAUUUGAUCCUCAUGAUAAUCCGUGUUUGAAGUUAACAGUGACUAAUUAUCCCCCAUUUUUCAGAAUGGUGUUCUCAUCUGUAUUGAGGUUCAGAGACUUCAAGUGAAAUACAGAGGUCUCUGAAUUUUAGUCCAGUGUCUCACUUCAGUGACUGUUAAUUUGCAGAAUUUGCCUGAUAUUUCAAAUGUCCAUACGGCCUCAUGUUUAACCAAUUUAUUAUGACAGUGUGGUUGACAAGAUGCUGGGUUAAAUUAGAAGGGAUUAGAGCAUACUGAAUAAUUUCUUAACAGGCAAGGACCAGGGGAAGUUUCCUAUCGGUUUAACAAUCUUUUCCUACCAUUACUGUGCUUCUCUUAAGACUGACUGACUCUUUAGGGGUCAGGGAGAUGGUGAUGGUGGGGUAAAAUAAUAACCAGCCACUACUUAUUUAGCUUUUACAUUUGUGCCUGUAGUAUGCUAAGUACUUUGAUGUUCAUGAUCUCAUUAAUUCUUGCAACAGCCUUAUGAGGAAGGUGGGAGUCAAUCAUUUUGACAAGUCUCCUGAAACGAACAGCUAGCAGGAGCUGAACCCUUUUUCCAUUUGGUCUCGUGGCAAAGGCAGAGAUCACACCAGCAGCUCCACACAAUAUGCCGUGCUCACUAGUGCCCUCUGAACAGUCUUCUGGUACCUCUCUCUUGCCUAAAGACAAUGCCCCAUUUUCUUGGGAUUCCUUGGAUGAGGACGGAUUGGAUGACUCCUUGCUGGAGCUGUCUGAUGGGGAAGAUGAUGGCCAUUUCAGUUUCACGGAGGAAGAGAUUCAGGAGCUCUUGAAGGAUGAUGACAUAUCAAAUGAGCACUUUUCUUGGGGAGGAGGCUUGCCUAACGAUGAUAGCAGGAAUGUUGAGAAGGGAGAGAAAGGGAGUCAAAUUCCACUUGAUACUCCCCAAGAGAAAAAUUCAUUGUACAGCUUGGGACCAGAAGCUGAGACCCCUAGCCUCUUCAAACUACCUCAACUAAAUACAUCAGUUGGUCAUGGACCAACUCCUACUAAACCAUUGAACAGACGCUUUGCACUAGAAAAGAAUCUUAUAAAAGUUACAGUUGCACCAUUUGAUCCAACAGUUUGUGAUGUACUUGAUAAGGACAAGACUGAUACAUCCGAAGUUACUGAAAAACCCUCCUCCCAUGGAGAAGAGAUGAGAGAAGAUGGUCUUAGCCUAAAUGAGAGCAUAAUUUGCACAGAAUCUGAAGGGAUCAGCCUCAGUAACUCUGCCUAUGAUGAACCCCCACUCUCUUCUUCAAACAGUAACUUUAAACAAACUGUCUCUGAUAAAGAUAUGUCUGACAGUAAGAAACCUACACCUGUAUUCUCUCAGAUCUUGGACCAUUCAGAGACUCCUAAUACGGGGUCAUCCUGGAGAAAUGGAUCACAUAAAUCAAGUUUUGAAAUGAGGUUUCCGGUUGUUUCCAGUUCAUCAAACGAAGAUGUUCUUGACAAGGAUUCUGGGAAGCUGAAGGUCCAUGAAAAAAGACUAGGCAAAGUCAUUCCUGUUCUGCAAACCAAAACAAGGACUAAUAUUCCGACGUUUUCACCAUCAGAUCUAGAAAAGCAGAAGCAAAGUUAUCUCAGGAAUGUCAUUGCUCAUAUAGAAGACCCAGUGGACUCUAACCAAGGUACCUUGGGGGAGCUGUGUGCCUUGAUGGGUCAAGUUCAUCACAUGCAGAACCCAAAAUGGCAGCAUCCUUCGGACCUCACCAGGCGAAACUACGCCCGGUUCCGACAGAAAUCUCUGCAAAGAUACAGUCUGACUCAGUGGGUUGACCAGAACAUGCGAAGCCACCAUCGGUUCCAGCGUCUACCAGAUUUCCCGUACAGUCCAUUUGUCUCCUCCCAUCAGCAGUGAAGGUCCCUAUCCAGGGUCCUGUCCAGAGCAGCAUCUCAUCUUCUGCUGUUUUGUGCUUUGUAGAUUUUGAAAUUUAUUUUUCACAACAUUUUAAUUUAAAGAACUUGUCACCUUUUGGAAAUGCCCAUUGCUGACUUGAAAUUUUUUGUAUAAGGUCCUUCCUGUUUAUGUGUGUGUAUGCAUUUAAACAGUGUUGAGUUGAUAUAGUUUUAAUUUUUUAAUUUAAAUUGAAGGUGGCUGCCACCUGAAAGCCAGCAUUAAGUCAAAACACCCACCUCUGUGCAGAGGUGAAGUCUACUUCUGGUGCCCAAAAGAAAUCAUCUUUUAAUCUCCUAUGAGGAAGAGAUUCUUUAUCAGGCUGCAAGCCAGUGUUAAUUAUUGCUGACGACUUAUAAAUGGAUACAAGUCACUUUUAACAACCCCUCUUACCUUUUUUAUUUGAAUCUCAGAAUACGUGUCAGUAUUUUAAAGUUGGUAAUCCAGGACAUCUGAAGUAGUUGAAAGGACAAAUUAGAAGUGUAAAUCUUCUCUUCUUUUUGUACCUACUAGCUGCCUUUAUUUUUUGGCUUUUUUUUCAUUCUUCAUUAAAUUUAUUUUGCACAAUAGUGUUUACAAAUCUUGUACAUCUUAACUCUAACAGAAGACUGGUGACUAACAACCCCUGUUGAUUUGUGAUCUUGUGACUGUUGCCUUCUCGGCCUUUCUUCAAGGAUAUUCCUUCUUUUUUCCGCAGUGACCUUAGGGCUCUACCGGCAUAUUCCUGUAUCCUGUUAGACAUAGGUAUGCCUCUUAAGAACAGCCUUACUGCUCUCUUUAUUGAAGAGCCGCCCACCCAGAGUCUAGACUCUAGGACAGGCCAGAAAGCAGUGCUAUUGAGAGGUGUCAGUCGGUCUUCAGUUUCAUCUGCUGAACUCCAAUUCAAGUAUGAGUUGACGUGUUAGUGAGCUUCCCAUCCUGUGGGAGAGACUUUGGAGAAGCCGUCUUUUGUCUCCAUUAUUAGUUAAUAAGAGGUGCCUUUUGAUCCAGGAUGUUACCAUCUCCUUACUUGGUCAAACCUCUGAUGUACAGUUUUACAGAACUACUAAAGUGAAUCUAAAAUAGUUUUGAUUACGCCUGUGCACAAAGCAUUACCUGAUCUUAAGGGUAAUGCUAUGUGCAGCUAUCUUAAUGGGUGUCUUAGGAGUUUGUUAUUCUCUUUACAAACAGCUCUAGACAUCUCUUAGGAGAUUUUGCAGUCUGGCAUUUGUGCUGUUGUUGUUCACUCUGUGUGAAGGUUGUACCUAGUUGCUAUAGCACAGCCUGUGAUACUGGGCUCACUGCCUCUGUCUGGUUUUGUUGUUCCAUCAGCCCCAUCUUUGUAUGCAAGUAACCCAUCUUAAACAUCCUACCCUGCUUUAGAAACUGACUUGGGAGAAACUUGGUCAUAGUUACCAGUAAACUUAGAUGGACGUCCCUAAGUGUUAACUAUUUCUAUCCAGUCAAGGAUUCUCUUUUCCUUCGACAUUUGGUUUAGAGUCUGGGACCAAAAUGCAAAGGAGAAGUUCUGUUCAAAGGCAAGAGUCAAAAUCUGUUAUUUCAGUUGGCAUUUCCUAUAUCAGUCACUUCUCCAGGUUUCCGUAAAUUAGCUUGAUGGAGUGGGACAAACAUCCACCUUUGGAACUAUAGCAUAGUUAGAAUGAAUUGUCGCUAGAAUAAUUAGCAUUGCAGUUGCCUUGUUCCCCACAGAUAACCAAGGAGUAAAGGGACAGCCUUUUGCUUAGGCAAAAGUCUAAGACUCAUGCUCCUGCCUCCCUGGUACAGGAGGGUUUAAGACUGAUGUGUAAUGGGAGCAUCACCUUUGCCAAAUCAAAUGAGUGACGGGUUAACGAGAAAAUGUGACAAUCACAUUUCCUCUUUGCUCAAAUAAUUCUGUUUUUCAAGCUUUAGCAGCUUAAUUAAAUCUGUUGGACUGGGGGAGGAGAGAACUGUUCCCUAGCGGUUAACAUGGUAUUCUUUAAGAAGAAAAACAAAGCCAAAGAAAACUCAUUAUCAGGCAUGUUCGCCUUAAAGAUGGUAGUGGGUAGAAUCUGGAGUUUUAAUCUGUUUUUAAAAGCUACAUAUCUCACAUUUGGUGUUGGCCUCUAAAUCUAAUUUUCAUGUAGAAUUCUUGCCGUGUUGUUUUAUUUACAUAAGGGUUGUGUGCAUUUAACUGCCUACCUAGCUUUCUUUAUCUGUGAUAACAUUCUCGCCACGGGGGUCUUGACAAUGCAGAGUAGGAAUGGGCUGUUUACAUAGUUUACUUGUAAGUAAAGAGCCUGAAAUAACCGUAGUUUUGCAUCUAAUGCAGACCCCAAUUUACUUUGGUUGUUGUCAGGAUCAAUUAUGAAACUGAAGUUUGGUGCCUCCUCUGUCAUGUUUUUCCCCUUGUAGCAGUUGUGUUUAAUGUCAUUACAAGGAAAUAAAAGUUCUUGUCGGUGGCUUA